UCUAGACACCUUGAGUCCCUGGAGCCAGUUUGUGUCCACGUUGCAAGGAGUAGCAACGUGCAAGCUGAGCAACACUUAGUGAGGAGGUCCAUGACUCUUCCUGUCAAAGAGACAGGCCAAGACUAUAUCAGAAUUUGAGCAGGACUUGGCAUCAUGUUGCUGAGAGUCGCUGCCACUCUCCUGCUGAUUUGUGUGCAGUCUCUGCAUGCAUCCGCCCUGCCUGCUGCAUCCUCCUAUGAGUUCACUGCCUACAGGAUGCAACAAUACAACCUGGCACAACAUAAACAUGGUUGUCGUGGAGCCAUCGUGGUGGCUGAGGCACGCGCAGCAGACGAGCCGGUGCUAACCAGGCGCUGUGUUAUCAUGAAGGUGCCAGACUUCACCACAGAGAAAUACCUUGAGGCCCAGAGACAAAAUGCCGCUGCCAUACUGAUCCUGUUGCCCAAAAACACCUCCACCAUCCCUCAUGACAUUAUACAGUCCUUCAUGGUGAGUGAAAGUGAGGCCUUGCUGAAGGAGACCAUCAUGCCUGUGUAUGUGGCGCCUGAGGAUGAACAGCUUCUCUGCAUGUAUGAGGAGGUCAAACAGGCCGCAGCCACCCGCACCUCUUCUAUAUUCAUCCGAGUCCUUCGCAGUAUGGUUACAGCUACAGCAUUUCAGAUCCUAGUGAGCAACAACAGCCCUAUUAAGGCCAUCACUGACAACACAGUGGUCACACUGGAGGGCGUGCUUCCUGGAGCAGGGGAGGAUCCGCCCACCAUCGUCAUUACUGCUCAUUAUGACUCCUAUGGGCUGGCUCCGUGGUUGUCACAUGGAGCAGACUCUAAUGGCAGUGGGGUCACCAUCCUACUAGAGCUGGCACGACUCUUCUACAAGCUUUAUAGCAACCCAAGCACCAGACCACAAUAUCAUUUAAUGUUCUCCCUAACUGGUGGAGGCAAAUAUAACUUCCUUGGGACCAAGAGAUGGAUUGAAGAGAACCUGGACCAUGCUGAAUCCAGCCUGCUCCAAGACAAUGUGGCAUUUGUUUUGUGUUUGGACACGCUGGCGAAUGGUGAUGAGCUUUACAUGCAUGUGUCGCGCCCUCCUAAACCUGAAACACCUAUGUAUGCUUUCAUUCAGCAGCUGGAGGAGGUGGUUUCCUCCAGAUUUCCUUGGGUGAGGAUGGGAAUGGUUCACAAAAAGAUCAAUCUUGGAGAGUCCACAGUCGCCUGGGAGCACGAGCGCUAUGGCCUCCGCAGGAUCCCGGGGUUUACUCUGUCUCAUGUGGAAGAUCCCAAAUCUGAGCUCCGUGGCUCCAUACUAGACACCAUGUCACAAGUGGACUUCAGAAAACUCAAGCGUAAUGGCAUAAUCAUAGCAGAAUCACUGGCUCGGUAUAUGUACAACCUCUCUGACAAGGGUUCACCAAAAGAUGUGCAAGUCUUCAAAGGCCAUAUGGACUUCCAGGACAGUCGUUUAACCAGUUUGAUGUCUUUCCUGACAUCAAUGCCCCGGGCCACCCAGUUACUGGACAAGGAGCCCCGUCAAAUCCUGCUAGUCAACACACUGGAGCACGAGUUCAGACGCUACCUACUGCAAGUCCACAGGCACACCUUCCGACAGGACAAAAGGGAGCCUGAUAUUACCUUUUUUGAUCAAAUGAACCAACCAGUAAUGAUGUACAGAGUGAAGCCUGCAGCUUUCGAUCUCUUCUUGGGUGGCUGUAUUGCAGGUUAUUUGGGGAUAGUUUACUAUGGCAUUCAGAAUUUUGGCUAUCUCUACACAAAACUCAAAGCAGCAGUGAAAUCAAAGCAUCAGUAAAUAAGACUGUACAUACUGAGCCUGUGACCAGUGCUUUGAAGCAUGAGGAGACCCAGCACUGCCCCCGUUGGACUUUACUGUUCCACUGGUCGAGCAGAGCAUGAAAGCAAUACAACAUGAAUCUUGUAACAUUUUUUUCAGCGAUGUAUGCUUUGAAAUCUUUUAUAAUUUAUAUUGUAUUGGAUUUCCAUGUUGUUUUCAUUAAAGAGAAAUCCAUUGUA